AUGGUUAUAGGUAAAACUAGGGCUUUUUUGAUCGGAGACCUUAGAACCCAGUUGCUUCACUCUCGAUUGCAGUGUCGUUCGGCAACUAUGACUCCUCCAUCAGACUGGUGUUGCAACUCCUCAGGCUACGACAUCGGUAUCGACUCCUCAGGCUCACUGGUCCACCUCCCCUCCACCCUACUCCAUCUACUAAGACUCCUCAGUCUACUUUUGAGAUGUGAGUGUUGUUCGUUUAGCAAUGGUGAGUAUGUGAAAGCGGGAUUGGCUAAACAAGACCACUGGUGUUUUAACGCAACUUAUGAGCAGUAUUCAGUUUCUGCUUGGGAUGAACUGAAGCAUAUACAGCAGGCUAUAGCAUUUCUGGUUAUACAUCAAAAGCCAAAGAAAACACUGGGCGAAAUAAGUCAUGACGUCUGCCUAGUGAUGACAAGUAUGGGACACAAAGCGUCUCCCCAGAUGGACUUACAAGACAUGCUUGUUGUCUUGUCUGUAGUGCUUGUCACAUAUCUGAAUAUGUUGGUAGAAAACUUUUCGUUGGAGGCGUUGCUUGGGAGACUUCGAAAGGUGCAGUUUAAGAGACAUUUUUCACAAAGUUCCAAAUUUUGCCUUGGAAGUGAAGGCUCAUUGCAUACCGUGGUUUCUGACAAAGAAUAUGGUAUUAUUACCAACUGUCUUGCCAUGAAUUUGGGUGAACAACCUAACCUCCCUCUUCCUUUCCGUGACAUAAACUCUGACAACUCAGAUACAAUUCGCCUCCUGGCUGAUAAAGUUGAUAUGACCAGUCAAGUGUUCUUGUAA